GCCGUUGCGCCUGCUCCCUCAGUCGCUCGGUCACUGUGCCGGUGGCGAGUCCCCGGGAGGAGGGAGCGGCCUCCGCUCGGGCCCCAACGUCGCAGUGGGAGGGAUGAGAGGAAGCGAGGGAGGCCGAGAGAGAGGGAGAGAGCGCCGCAGUAGGUAUCAAGGCAGGCAACAAUGAAUCUUGUGUGAAGAACGCGUGGACUGCAUAGCUCUGUACAGCUUGCUAGAUCUUGGAUCUCCUUUUCUGACAAGAAGAGUGUGCUUGGUACGUGCAGAAAGAAUGACUCUUGGAUUUGUACAGCUAUCCCCAGUGCUGGGGAGGACUUUACUAGUCCUGAUGGUGACUACAUCUGUUAAGUGCCAUUGGCCUAGUGAAGCCUCAGAAGUUGUACGGGACUGGGAGAACCAGUUAGAGGCCUCCAUGCAUUCAGUGCUUUCCGACCUCCGAGAGAGUGUGCCAGCUGUGGUGGGAAUUCCAGACAGCUCUGCUGUAGUGGGGCGCUCCUUCAGAGUCACCAUCCCAACAGACCUAAUAGCUUCCAAUGGAGAGGUUAUCCAGAUCAUGGAAGCUGGAAAAGAAUCCUUGCCGCCUUGGCUGCAUUGGGAAUCGGAGAGUAGCACUUUGGAAGGUCUCCCACUUGAUACGGAUAAAGGCAUUCAUUACAUCUCAGUCAAUGCAAUGCAUCUGUUUUCUAAUGGAAGCUAUGUACCCCAAACCACCAAUGUGUUUUCCAUUGAGGUUCACCCUGAAGAUCAUAAUGAACCUCAGUCCGUACGGGUGGCUUCACAAGAUGCAAAUGAAGCAGCACCAUUUGUGUGUAGUGCAGAGGAACCAGUCACUAUCUUGACUGUAAUAUUGGAUGCUGACUUAACAAAAAUGACACCAAAGCAGAGGAUUGAACUAUUAAAUCGAAUGAGAACCUUCUCAGAAGUGGAACUUUAUAACAUGAAAUUAGUUCCUGUUGUAAAUAAUAGACUCUUUGACAUGUCAGCUUUUAUGGCUGGACCAGGGAAUGCAAAGAAGGUAGUGGAAAACGGAGCCUUACUGUCAUGGAAAUUGGGCUGUUCUUUGAGCCAAAAUAGUGUUCCGAACAUAAGCAAUGUUGAAUCUCCAGCAAAAGAAGGAACAAUGUCUGCUCAUCUUGGCUACCCUGUAGUUGGUUGGCACAUUGCUAAUAAAAAACCUAAUCUUCCAAAGAGAAUAAGGCGACAAAUUAAUGCUACACCAACACCUGUGACUGCUGUUGGACCUCCAACAACUGCCCUCCAAGAACCACCAAUUCGGAUUGUUCCAACACCCACCUCCCCAGCCAUUGCCCCUCCCACAGAAACAACCGCUCCUCCAGUGAGGGAGCCUGUACCAUUGCCUAAGAAACCCACAGUUACUAUUAGAACAAGAGGUGCUAUUGUCCAGACCCCAACUCUUGGACCAAUUCAGCCAACCAGAGUGGUAGAAGGAACUAGUACUACCCCUGGCCAGAUCCGACCAACAAUGACUGGGCAGUUAGAGGCAACUGCAGCAAUUACACCACCCACAACAAAGAAACCCAAAGGAACUCCUCCAAAACCAGCCACACCAUCAACUACUGAUACUGGUACAACACGAAGACCAAGACCUACCAAAACUCCUCGACCUCCAAAGCCGCCUCGGACUACCAAACCAUCCCUUAUUGACCAGAAAGCAGUUUCACCACCAACUCGCAUUCGCACCACUACAGUUGGCGUUCCCCGUGUUCCCAAUGAUCCACCAGAGUUGAAAAACCACAUUGACAGGGUAGAUGCUUGGGUGGGCACUUACUUUGAGCUCAAAAUACCAUCAGACACUUUCUAUGAUAAGGAAGAUACCACCACUGAUAAAUUACAACUGACCAUGAAGCUAGAAAAUGAGAAACCACUGGAAGAAAACUUUUGGGUGCAGUUCAAUAGCACUAGUCAGUUAAUGUAUGGAUUGCCACAUGAAAACCAUUCAGGCAGGCAUGAGUUUUUCAUGCAUGCCACAGAUAAGGGUGGCCUUUCAACUGUGGAUGCUUUUGAAAUAUUUGUCCAUCGUCUUGCACCUGGUGAGGUGGCUCCAGUUAAAUUCAAAGCCCGAUUCCAGGGCGAUUAUAAUACAGUUGUCAAUGAUGUUAAUAAGAAAAUCAUGUUGGUAAAGAAGUUGGCCUUUGCCCUUGGAGACAGAAACAGCAGUACUCUUACAAUUCAGAGUAUUGGCAAAGGCUCUAUUGUAGUUGAGUGGACAAACAAUACCCUACCUUUGAGACCAUGCCCCAAAGAGGAUAUUCGUACUAUGAGUAAGAAAAUUGCUGAUGAUUCUGGUGGCCCAAGUCCAGCCUUCACAAAUGCCUUAGAGCCAGAGUUUAAGCCCAUGAACAUUUCUGUAGUUGGUGCUGGUAGCUGCAGACACAUUCAGUUUAUUCCUGUGAUGAGAGAGGGACUCCCUACAACUGCACCACCUACCGUUGUGGCUCCACCGGAUCCAGAAAAAACAAGCGAGGACGAUGUCUACCUACACACAGUGAUCCCUGCAGUAGUGGUGGCGGCCAUUCUGCUUAUUGCUGGAAUCAUUGCUAUGAUCUGCUAUCGCAAGAAGAGAAAGGGCAAGCUCACCAUUGAAGACCAAGCCACCUUUAUCAAGAAGGGAGUACCAAUCAUUUUUGCUGAUGAGCUUGAUGACUCCAAGCCUCCCCCUUCCUCCAGCAUGCCGCUGAUUUUGCAAGAAGAAAAGGCCCCACUCCCACCUCCCGAGUAUCCCAAUCAGAACAUGCCAGAAACCACCCCACUCAACCAAGACACCAUAGGGGAGUACACACCGCUGCGAGAUGAGGACCCCAAUGCACCUCCCUACCAGCCUCCCCCUCCCUUCACAGCACCCAUGGAGGGGAAAGGCUCCCGCCCGAAGAACAUGACCCCAUACAGGUCUCCACCUCCCUACGUCCCUCCUUAAUGAACAUGAGACGCUGGCGGAGAUGGGGCCUCUAGUUCCACACCGGUGUUGUCUGUAGGGAUCAGUGGCCUGCAAACCCAUUACCAACUAGAACACCAACACAGAGAGUCUGAAAACAUUGCCUGGUCCCGGCAGGUCCUCUCCGAAUGCGUUUGCUACACCAGAGUGCUUGUGGAACUUUCGGGACACUGAUUUUAUUUUUGCCUAACAGCUUAUGUUUUGUUUAUUCAUAGAAAAGAAAUUCUUGGCUCAAAAAGUAUUUCUGACAGCAGGCGUCUCAAAGCAUCUUGUGCAAAGGGAGACUGGCUGGACAUGCAGGCAGCACUGGGGUGGCACACUGAGUCUCUGCUGUUUGCCUUUAAAACUAACUGUACUGUUUUUUCUAUUCACGUGUGUCUAGCUACAGGGCAUAACAUGAAACGUAGCCUAAAAAUUAAAAUCAGAGGACUUUCUGAGGUCAACAUUACGUUUUUACAUAUAAUUGCUGUUACCUAAACUUGUACGUAUAGAUUUGGGGAAAGGGAGGGGAAAUACUUUACUACAAAUAAGCUCAAGGGGUGUUUCCAAUGCCAAUCAGGCUGAGGGACUGUCUUUUUUAUCAAAGGAAUCCUAUUUUUUCACACAUUAUACAGUGAGUCAUCAGUGGGGGGUCCUUUUUGCAAACUGUAGAUGAGCUCUUGUCGCUCUUGCCUCCCGUAGCUCAAUGGAUGCCACAGGUUUCUUUCAGAAACAAGUCUGGAGAGCUCUUUGCAACUACCAAAAAAAAAAAAAGGAAGAAGAAGCAGCAGCAGAGUGACCUUUUGGAAAUGGGGAGGCCCAACCGUGGUAUGUGCAGGCUGCAAGGGUCAUGAUGUUGCACUGAGAUUUUUCAUCCGGAAGGCAUGCUCUCUGGCUUUUGAAACACUCUUUGAGGUAUUUUGGUGAAGAUGCAAUAUUUUUUAUGUAGUGUAAUGCAGUUUUCUCCCAUCCAGACUCCUCCUGGACCACAGUAUUGGAACAGCCCCUCUCCCUCCCCGGUUCUGCCUGGCUGUCCCAGCCCACUCCCUCAUACCGCUCUCCUCCGCACACACACAGACGCAAUAGUAGCUGUCUGGCGGCCGGCAAAAUAAAAAAACGCCAGAAAUAGUUCAUAGUCAAAAUCAGUGAACUCUCAGCUCUAAUUUUAUACUAAAUUUUUGAUACAGCCUCAAAUUGUUUUAUUAAAAAUAAUUAAAAAUAGUAACGCUGCCAGCAGUUUGUAUGAGCUUAGCUUCUUAGUAUCAAUUCAUGGGACUGACUGCUUUGCUCAUUUUGGAAUUUUUCCCCUUUCUUUUUGGUCUCAUAAUCAUUGUUUUUAAAUAUUAGAGCCAUGUCUAGGUUUCUUGCCUUUUUAAAAAGUGAACUUCCACACAUUUCUCCUGGGAAGUUGGAGCUGCCCUCAAGGUCGCUCCCAUGCCUUUUUUCUUUGAGACAGUCUUUUUACGCAUGGAUUUUUCUCUCAUCCACAUGAGACUAUUUUUGGUAUAUUAGAGGGAGGAAAAAACCCUUUGCAAUAAUGAGUCCAUCCCCUGGCUGGGGGCUGGGCAGCCUCUGGCUGACUUUGCACACAAAGCAGACACUUUUAAGCCAUAUUGACUGUUUUUGCAAAGUAUGUUUGUGUGCUGACAUGGCCAGUUAACACACUAGUGGAUGAAUGGCUAAAACGACCUCCACCUCUUGACCUUGCUAGGGUGGCAUUUUCCCAUCAAGCCUUUUUUUAACUACUUGAACAGGAUUUUGCCUAUCAAAACAAAGCUUCAUUUGGCUGUGGCUCCACAAGACUUCUGCACUUUUCUUCAGCCCACCUGGCAGAGGAGUAUGUGUUGAAGUGAGGGUGACUGUAAAGAAGGCUUUGGGAUUUGCCUUUAUCUAGUGUAGAGGAGUGUAGGCCUGCCCUACGGAGCCCCCCCCCCCUCACGGUGCUUGGAUGCUGGUACAGGUCUGAAAUGGGGAGAGACCAUGGAUUCUUCUCACUCAGGAGAACCUGGAGGAGGGAACAGGAUGAACCAGUACCCCUUGGGGCACACUGCUUUUGAACAGAUGCUAGAAACACAGUCCUAAGUUGGCCCUCUCCCCUAGCGAGCAACCAUGGCAGCAGAGUGCCAAAACCUAUUCUGACAGGCCUGCCUUUCCGAUGUCUCCAACUUAACAACACGCAGAGCCUCCUAAGCCCAAAUGCUGCAAGUUCGAAGGGCCUUCCAAACAGUGCCGUUGUCCCUAGCAACCGAUACCACUUUAUACUGGUCAUGCGCAAGCGCAAACGGUUUCAGGCCUGGGCCUACCUGUCACCAUAGAAACUGGAGGCGAAGGGGCAGUGAACGGAAUAAUAACAAUGACAUUCUCAUCAGCCGCCUUCCCCCUAAGCACCAGUGCUGUUUGUUUAUGCCACUAGACACUGUAACGGUGGGAGAGAAUCUUGUAUUAAAAGUGUUCACCAACCACUGAGUGUUUUUAUGUCCUUAUAUAAUUAUUUUAAAAAUGUGUUUUCUGCAUUCUGUAAAGAAACAUAUCAACUAAAUAAACCAGUGUACUUUACUACAAA